UCAGAUUUAGCUACUGUCGGCAAUUCAGAAGCACACAGGAAACAUGGGCAUGUCUACAGCUGUCUUACUGCUCCUGAUUGGGUUGAUUGAAUCAUCUCAAGCUGCAACGUGCGGCUUACCCAUCAAAACAAGAAUUCUCGGCGGAAUCUCCGGGAAGUCGUACCUAUAUCCUUGGAUGGCGUUCAUCGAAAACAGCUAUUUGAAAUAUACAUGCGGAGGGUCCAUCAUUGACGAGACACACAUACUGACCGCUGCGCAUUGCGUUAGCUACACAGAUGAAAGGACAGGCAUAACCUACCCGACCCCUGCGUCUAAAAUAUCUGUUUACACGGGGUCAUCCAUCAUGGAUGGUUCAACCAAUUAUGCUGAAGCCAAGAAAAGAAAAGUAAUUUCGGUCGCCUAUCAUGAGCACUACGACUCAAAACUGAUGAACAACGACGUCGCUGUGUUGACGCUUUCUGCUCCUAUUGUCUACGACAGGCACCACAUCCCAGUCUGUCUGGCUAAUGGCACCAAGACACCCCAGAUGGCGUCGAAAUGUAUAGCUUUGGGCUGGGGUAACACGAUCAGCUACUCUAUUGGCCCAAUCUCUGACUAUCUUCUCUGGAUCGACAUGCCCAUCGCCUCUGACGAUGAUUGCCAGAGGGAAUAUACUAAAUAUUACAACAUGAACAAGUUUUGUGCUGGGGCAAUGGGCAAAAAUAUUUGUGCGGGAGACUCUGGAGGUCCUCUUGUGUGUAUGGAAUCAGACGGGCGCUACUACCAGUACGGCAUCGCGUCCGCCACUCGGAAUGAGUGCUUCACAUCUAAUGCUCUCUUCACCAAAGUUUCAAGUUUCCUCCCUUGGAUAGCUGAGAAUUCUUCUGCUGAAUAAUCGCUAACCAUAAGAUAUAUGUGCUGAUUUAUUCACGAGGUGUUGUUUUCUCUUAAGAAAUAAAAUAAAAUCCC